UAUUCUUUGAUUAAUAGUGCAAAAAUCAAAAACAUUGAAGCAACAGAAGAAGCUAAAAUGAAAUUAAUACAUGAUAAGCGCAAUAAAAAAGAUGGUCCAUCACAGUUUGUUCCCACAAACAUGGCAGUUAAUUUUGUGCAACAUAAUAGAUUUAAUAUUGAAAUAACAGGACCAGAUGGGAAAAAAAAUUAUAAACAACAACCUGCAGUUAAACAAGAUCAUUCAGAUGAAAAAAAUAUAGAUAAGAGAAAAAAAAAAGAUAAUGCUACUGAUGAUUUCCAUUACGAAAGAUUCAAAAAGCAGUUUCGUAGAUAUUAAGUGGUUUUCUUUAAUUAGUAUACUAUWUGUUUUAUGUAUUUAAUAUUGAUGUAAAAUACUGUUUAUAAAAAUUAUUGAA